AUGGCGCUGUUCUGUUUCGAAACAUUCAAAGGUCGAACUACCAAAAUGGAAUCCAGCUCUAAACUGGAGAAUAGUGGGGAAGUGAAACCCUAUCCUGUGGAUCUACCUGUGGAGAAUUAUGGAGAGCUGAGCGUAGGAUAUGACGACCUGUCCAGUGUCCAUUCAAGAGGUGCCACACAUAUUACCCACACUAAUGGAGAGAAAGUGAAAGUAAGCAGUGAGAACAUUGGUCAGCUCUUGUUUCUGAAUGAUGGUGAUUUAUCACAUUUUAUUCUUGCUCUUCACACACCCGAGGAUGAAUCUCAAGUGGUUGCCAUGUUCCUGCAAGGCAAAUGGUGGCCUGUUGGUGAUGUUUUAAAGACGUCAAACAAAUCCAGAUGUGGACUUUUGUUAGUGGAGUCUCUGAUGGAGAGAGUCGUGCUAUUCCUGCUCAGUCAAGUUAUAUUUGGGAUUCUGGAAAGGCCUCUUGAAGAUGACCUAUAUUUUUCUGCCUAUUCUUUGAGGGAACAUGGCAAAGUCCUGUGGCAAGAUGGUGAAGCUGUUGGGUUUUAUACUGUCAAGAAAAAGGGCAGUCUGUGUAAUGGCAGCACUGGCCAGAGUUAUCGGCUCCCUGUGUUGGAUACUGUGUUUGUUCGCCCUCGCUGGAGAAGGACUGGACUUGCUUUACAGAUGCUGGAAGAUUUCUGCUCAUCUCAGCCCUUUGAGUGCAUUCUGGGAAUUAGCUUUCCUAUGUCUCCUAGCAUGUAUGGAGUGUGCAAGAAGUAUCUUGAGGUCCAUGAAAAAGAAAGAGAGCGUCUCUAUGAAGUGGAAGCCCCUGGUGAAUGGCCUCAGAGACGUAAUGUGUGGUUGAAUAUCCAGCUUCGGGACCUCCCAAAACACUGUGGAAACUCAGAGCAAGGUCCACACUGCUCAUCUAGUCACGAAAGAAGCCAUGCUGAUUUAAAAGAGGAGGACAUCCCGCAACAUUAUGGAUCAUCAGUCAAAAACACACCAAGCUCUGGAAAGAAGCGACCAGCUGAUAAAACCAACACAGGGGCUAACUUUAAAAAAGCUAGGACUUAACGUUAAUUUAUUUAAUGAAACCAGAAAGAUCUCAGAUAGGCAAAGUAAUUUCAUGUAAUGACAGAGAAACUAAAUGUUGAAGAUAAUGUAUGUCCUAGACAGUUAUGUGGAUGUGGCAUUUAUGGAAUAGUUCACCCCAAAAAUGUAAUUCAGUCAAUAUUUACUCGUCCUUCAUUUCACAAAAGAAGAUGUACUGUAGAAUCUUUGAAAAAAGCAGCCAUUGAAUUCAAUAGUAUUUUUUAUUCUACUAUGGAUGUCAAUGACUAUUUCCCCCCAACAUUCUUCUAAAAAUCUUGUUUUGUUUUCAACAGCAAAAAUAAUUUUAUAAAAGUUUAGAACCACUUGCAUUUGAGUGUUACUUGUAAUGUUACUUGAGUAAAUGCACAUUUUAAAUUUUGGGUGAACUGUCCCAGUAAUACUUUACGAUGAGGUUGUAUAAGUUAAUGUUACAUUUACAUUUACAUUUAGUCAUUUAGCUGACGCUUUUAUCCAAAGCGACUUACA